GCUCAGGCUUCAUCAACAUCUUUGCAUCUCUCUCGCCGCAUUCUCCCGAAGAGGGAACGAAAGUGAGAGGGGGACAGAGAGAAAAAGAGGAAAGAAAAGAAAGAGGAGAGGAGAAUAGUCGGGGCCGCGAGUAGUUUCGAGAGUAUACGCCGUGUUAAAGGACGAACCACCAGAAGUGCCAACGGUGGCGGACUCGAUCUGUCCACUGUCAGGAUGGCGAGGUGGUUGCUGGUCGCUUCGUUGGCCAGCUUGCUGGUCCACCCAACGAGAAACGAAAUCCUGACGCCACCGUAUUUCAAUUUAGCCGAAGGAAAGGAGAUUAUCGCAUCAGCCACGUGUGGCGUCGACACCCCCGGCCCGGAACUCUAUUGCAAGCUCGUCGGCGCGAAUGCUGAUCAGCACGAGGACAUUAAUCUGAUACAGGGUCAGGUAUGCGAUUACUGUGAUGCGGACAAUCCGGAAAAGAGGCAUCCUCCAGAAUAUGCAGUCGAUGGAAUGGAAACCUGGUGGCAAUCACCACCACUUUCCAGAGGAAUGAAGUACAACGAAGUCAAUCUGACGAUCAAUUUUGGACAAGAAUUUCACGUGGCAUACGUGUACUUAAAAAUGGGAAAUUCGCCGAGGCCCGGGCUCUGGGUGCUCGAAAAAUCCAAAGAUUACGGGAAGACCUGGUCACCCUGGCAAUACUUCUCCGACACUGCAAACGAUUGUUUAACGUAUUUCGGUGUGGAUAGUUACAAGCCAAUCACCAGGGACGACAGUGUCAUCUGUACGACAGAAUACUCUCAGAUCGUGCCACUGGAGGGUGGUGAAAUACCGAUUUCAAUUCUAAAUAACCGUCCAUCCGCGAAACAUUACUUCAAUUCGACCGUGUUGCAAGAGUGGACACGAGCAACGAAUGUUCGUUUUCGUUUUCUCAGAACGAAGAAUCUGCUUGGGCAUCUGAUGUCCUUAGUGCGGGAGGAUCCGACUGUGACCAGAAGAUACUUUUACUCCAUAAAAGAUAUCAGUAUUGGCGGCCGGUGCAUGUGCAAUGGCCACGCGGACACUUGCGACAUACUGGAUCCAAAAAUGCCGAAGAAACUCGUUUGCAGAUGUCAGCAUAACACUUGCGGAGCACAGUGUGCGACUUGUUGCAGAGGAUUCGAGCAAAAGAAGUGGCGGCAGUCCACAGCGUUUAAGAAGUUCACGUGUGAACCUUGCAAUUGCUUCGGCCACACGGACGAGUGCGAAUACAGUGCGGAAGUUGACGAGAAACACUUGUCCUUGGAUAUUCACGGCAACUACGAGGGUGGCGGUGUGUGUAAAAAUUGUCGGCACAAUACUGAAGGGAUCAACUGCAAUCGGUGCAAACCGACGUUCUAUAGGCCGCAAGAUAAACCUUUGAACGCGACUGAUGUCUGUCAACCGUGCCAAUGUAACGCACGUAAUUUGACCGGGAACUGCGCGGAUGCCACCGGCCAAUGCGAGUGUCGAAAAGAGUACACUUCGCCUAAUUGCGACAGUUGCAGUUUUGGAUACUACGGCUAUCCAAAUUGCGUUCCAUGCCAGUGUUUCAGCAAUGGGACAGAUGGAGAUCAUUGCAAGGCUAUAGAUGGAUCUUGUCCCUGCAAGGUGAAUUAUGCCGGUCAUUAUUGUGACCUCUGCGCGCAGGGCUACUAUAAAUUCCCCGAUUGUUUACCCUGCGAGUGUAAUCCUUUGGGAUCUCUCAAUGAUAACUGUGACGUAAUUUCUGGCAAUUGCACCUGCAAGAACAACUAUGGUGGAAGGACGUGCAGCAUCUGCGAAGAUGGCUACUACAAUUACCCUCUCUGCACAUGUGAGUAUAUUCAACAAAUUAUGAUAAGAUCUCAAGAUAAGACAAUCUGUAAUUGUGAUACACGCGGGACCGAACCUGGAGUGUGCGAUAAAUCGAAUGGAUCCUGUCAGUGUAAGAAAGGAUACGGUGGUCCCAGAUGCGAUCAAUGUAUCAACGGGUAUUACGGAUUUCCAAAUUGCAAGCCUUGCAACUGCAGUUUAAUAGGCUCAUCCUCUAUUAGUUGCGACGCCAUAGGAAAAUGCUCUUGCCUGGCUAAUUUCGCUGGAAGAACCUGCAAUCAGUGUAGCCCUGGAUAUUACAUGUACCCAGAAUGUAUAGCCUGCAACUGCGACAGCCACGGUUCGAUAGGCGCGUCUUGCGACGUGGAGGGUAAAUGUCAAUGUCGGGAGAAUUUCGACGGCGCCAGAUGCAACCAGUGUAAAGAAGGCUAUUACAAUUUCCCUACUUGCGAGGGUUGCAACUGCGACCCAGCAGGUGUCGUAGAAACAUUCCAGGGAUGUGGUUCAUUACCUGCCGGUGAGCUUUGUCAAUGCAAGGAUCGUGUCGAAGGUAGAAUCUGUAACCAGUGUAAGCCGCUCUAUUGGAAUCUGCAGUCUUACAACCCUCAGGGGUGUGAGGAGUGUCAAUGCAACAUACCGGGUGUUAUUGGAAACAUCGGUGAAUGUGACACGAAGAGUGGUCAGUGUAUUUGCAAACCUGGAGUAACUGACAGGAGCUGCAGCCAGUGCGUGGAUGGUACAUACAAUCUUCAAGAGAGCAAUUUCUUCGGUUGUACAGACUGCGCUUGUGACAUCGGUGGUUCUGUAAACCCGGUAUGCGAUAAGCAAACUGGUCAAUGUCAGUGUCAGCCACGUGUCACUGGUCUGACCUGCAAAGAACCUUUGAAAGCCCAUUAUUUCCCGACUCUUCAUCAAUUCCAGUACGAAGCAGAGGACGGGAAAAUGCCUAAUAACAUGCCCGUUCGUUACGGUUUCGUUGAAGAUCUCUUUCCAGGAUACAGUUGGAAGGGAUACGCCGUGUUUUCUGUUCUUCGCGAUGAGAUCAUUUUGAACGUCUUCAUUCAGAAAUCGUCUCUCUACAGGAUGGUUUUGAAAUACGUGAAUCCGAGUAAUGAACCGAUUCUUGGAACGAUCACCAUCACCCCUGAAAAUCCAUCGGAAGUAGAACAACAGUUUAAGGUGAAUUUCAAGCCGACUGUAAAACCAUCGUUUGUGACCGUCGCCGGAGCCCAAGGUAAUCUCCCUUCAGCGAUGGUGAUGAAUCCAGGAUAUUGGUCGAUUAGUAUUGCAACUAAGAAGAAUCUUCUGCUCGACUACUUCGUACUGCUUCCCUCUGAAUAUUACGAAGCAACCAUUCUAACUCAGGACGUGAAUAUCCCUUGCGAGGUUGGUUACAAAGGACUCUGUAGACACUACGGUUAUCCCGAUCUGAUGAGAUUUGAUUCUGUUCACGGUGCUGGUGGAUUUUUGAACGAAAAUAACGUCAGAAUCCCUCUGUCUGAAUAUUUCAUGGACAGGGAUGUACUGCAGGAAAUUGAUAAGGUUGAAGUUCCGUUGGUCAACGAGAGACAGGAGGAAAUACACUUUGAUUUAAGAAUCUCGAAGCCAGGUCUACACGUUUUAUUGGUGACUUACGUAACGCCGAAAGACGAGAACAUCACGUCAACGCUUCUAAUAGAGGCGAACACUGUCGGCAAAGGGAAAGCUACUCUUUAUCCUUGCAAGUACACCAGCAUUUGUAGGCAGGUAGUAACUGACAGCUACGGCAGAGUAGCCACGAUGAAUUUCCCUUCGAACUAUGUCAGCUUGGUUUUAACCGGAGAACCCACUUCGAACGUAGCCAUCGAUUCGAUCGUCGCUAUUCCUUACAAUCAGUGGUCUUUGGAUUAUGUUAAACCAAAGUCGAUAUGCGUUAGAAAAGAGGGGAAAUGCGUGAGAGGUCAGUUCCCGCAAGCUGCGGACGCGAAGAAAAUCGAAUUCGAAACCAGUAGCACGAUCCCUGAAUCGGACAGUAAACCUUUCGGAAUCUACGACAAUAGCACGAGGUUGAUCUACUUGGACGAUAGAAACACAAUGGUAGACAUUCACGCGAAAGUGUUACAGCCUGGUGAUUAUACUUUCGUCGUGCAAUAUUAUCAACCGAACUAUCCGGAAUACGAACUCGACGUGUUGCUACAAAAUGGCAAAUUCUACGAGGCAAAGAUGUCCGUUCCCCACUGUCCCAGCAACAGUGGAUGUCGUAGCGUGGUGAAACAGGAAGACGGCAACAUCAGAUUCCAACUGAUCGAGAAUUUUAUGAUCACUUUCAAGGAGAGCGCCAGCAACGGUAUCUGGCUGGACUACAUUCUAGUUAUUCCAACGGAGCAGUACAACGAAAAGAUCUUGAAGAAGAUUCAGUUCGAUCAGACGAAGGAGUUUAUCAAGAAAUGCGGAUACAAUCAUUUUCAUAUCAACGCCACCGAGGAAGGUCUGUGCCGCGAUUCGAUCUUUUCCUUGACGACCAACUACAACAACCGUGCUCUGCCCUGCAAUUGUAACAUCAAUGGAUCUGUAAGUCUCGAGUGUGAGAAAUUCGGUGGACAAUGUCCGUGCAAGCCAAAUAUUAUUGGGAGACGAUGCGAGAUUUGCAAAACCGGGUUCUACGGGUUCCCCAACUGCAGCCCUUGCAACUGUCCCACAGUCUGUGAACCGGAAACAGGUGCCUGUAUCUGUCCACCGAAAGUUGUCGGUAAACAUUGCGAUGAAUGCGAAGUGGGAACGUACGGAUUCCACCCGAUCUACGGCUGCGAGGAAUGCAACUGUAGCCCGCUUGGCGUCGUCGACGGUGAUCUGCAAUGCGAUUUUCUAAAUGGCACCUGCAGCUGUAAGGAGAACGUGCAGGGGAGGCAGUGCGACAAGUGUCGACCUGGUUACUCUCAGUUUCCACACUGCGAGAAAUGCGACUGCGACACUAGAGGGACCACCGCGAAUAUCUGCGAUCAGUACACAGCUGAAUGCUUCUGUAAGAAGAACGUCCAAGGAUUGGCCUGCGACGUGUGCAAGGAAGGCACGUUCAACAUUCAAGAGGACAACGAGGAAGGUUGCACCAAGUGUUUCUGUUUUGGAAAAACCACUAGGUGCGCGUCGGCUAACUUGUACAGAGCUCAGGUCUCCGACAUGACAAACUGGGAAUUGGCAGUGUCCAAUGAGAAGAGUGGAAAUCUCACAUACUUGGCAACGAUCCCGCAAGAAUGGAACUCGACGAGUAUCUCCGUCGGUCUCACCACCAACGACACGCUCGGAAGGAUCAUUUACUUCUCGGCGCCGGAGGCUUAUCUGUGGAAGAAGUUAACUUCCUACGGAGGAUUUCUGAAUUACACCGUUCAUUACAGCACCGGGCCGUUCGGCGAGGCGAUUAGCGCAGCUGAUGUGAUUCUUCAAAGUGCCGAUACGACGUUACUCCACUACGCCGAGGAACAACCGCCGUCGUUCACGAAUUUCGAGGCAUCCGUGGAGCUAAUCGAAACGAACUUUAUAACCGAGAAUCGUCUAAGCGCCACGAGAGAACAGUUGAUGGUGGUACUCGAGGAUCUCCGAGGAAUACACAUCCGAGCUGCCUAUUGGAGCCCUAGUAUAGCAGCCUCUUUGUCCUACGUGACAUUGGACGUAACUACAGAGAACUAUUCACCGCAGUACAACGUCCCAGCCAGUAGCGUUGAACAGUGUCAGUGUCCACCGAACUAUCAAGGGCUCUCGUGCGAGGAAUGUUCUCCGGGAUAUUACAGAGUAGAGUCUGGACCUCACGGGGGAUACUGCGUUCGUUGCGAGUGCAACGGACAUGCAGAUACUUGCGACGUUGAAACUGGCAUAUGCAUAGACUGCAAAGACGGCACUACGGGAGACCAUUGCGAACUUUGCAAGCAAGGCUACUACGGCAACGCCACCGGAGGAACUCCCACCGAUUGUCUCAUCUGUGCCUGUCCUCUACCCUUCCCGGCCAACAAUUUCGCCACCGGCUGCGAGGUGAACGAGGAAGGGAAUAAAAUAAGCUGCGACUGUCUUCCCGGUUACUACGGCGCUCGCUGCGAGUCCUGCAGUUCCGGUUUCUACGGGAAUCCCGAAGCCUACGGCGAUUACUGCAAACCGUGCAAAUGUUCUGGCAACAUUGACACGAACGAGGUCGACGCCUGCGAUUCCAGAACCGGGGAAUGCUUGCGUUGUUUGAACAACACCUACGGAGAAGCUUGCAACCUCUGCAAGCCAGGGUUCUUCGGCGACGCCAUCGAAAGGAAGGACUGUCGCAACUGUUUAUGCAAGGAAUGUGGCCUGGAACACUGCGACAGUUACACCGGCCAGUGCUAUUGUCGCGAGAACGUCGUUGGGGAGCAAUGCGACCGUUGCGCGGACAAUCACUAUGGUUACGACACGUGCGGCGGUUGCAAAGCGUGCGAAUGCGAAAUCGCCUCGGAGAGGAGCCAGUGCGACGAAGUGACAGGCCAAUGUCAAUGCAAACCUGGCGUCACUGGACGCAGAUGCGAUCAGUGUGUUCAAGGUUAUUGGAACUACGGGCCGGAAGGAUGCACCUCUUGCGAAUGCAAUACCGGAUACUCUGUCGGUGUGUCUUGUAACGCCACCACCGGCCAAUGUAGUUGCCUGCCGGGCGUCAUCGGGGAGAAAUGCGACCACUGUCCGUACAGGAACGUGUUGAUCCCGGGGCAAGGUUGCUUCGCUUGUGACUCUUGCACUGGGAACUUGCUGGACGUUACGGACGAGUUGUCAGAUUUGUUAGACCCUGUCUUCACGGAGUUCAACACAGUGGCUGAGAGCUAUUUCACUAAUCAGAGGCUGAAGUUCAUCAACGACACGGUAAACGAUUUCUAUCCUAAAGUGAAGCUUUUAGAUCCCAGCAGGGUGAACUUCUUGCCGCUGCAGCAAGAGGUGAAGAGACUGCAGUCAGAGGCAUCGAAACAGAAACGUGAGAUCGAUUACACGGCGGAGGACAGCGUGAGAUGGAAGCUCGCGGCGGAGGAUAACUUGGAAAAUAUGAACCUUCUGGAGGAGGAUGUAAUCAAGGAGAUAGAUUUAGUCAGAUCGACGGUUGCCGAAGUGGAGUCGCUGGCAUUGAACAUUGAAUUGGGCACUGGCGCCAAGGUGGACAGCGCUUUGAAAGAGGCUGCAGACAUUCUAAAGAAAAUCAGAGAGGUGUCGUUUGUGAGUUUCCGCGAUCGUGCAACGGAUCAAGCUGAUCAGGCCAAUAUUCUCGUUUCGGAAAUGAACGAGUACAACGUGCCAGUCAGCGAUCUAUCUUCCAUCGCGGACAGUCUCAGCGGCAAGAUCCGAAACGUGUCCGACAAGAUGGACGACCUUCUGGAAAUUACGUGGAAGGCUCAAGAGCUGGCUAGCCUCGUCGACAGACUGAAUCAGGAGAACAGAAUCGCGGCCGAGACCGGGAACUUCGAUAUGGUGAAAAACUCGACCGCCGAGGCGAAGGAAGAUUUAUUGGCUGGCGAGGAAUUGAACAGAAACGCCAGCGGCUAUCUCAACGAAGCGGAUCAUAACGCGAAGGCAUUGAAAGUGAACGCGAUAGACGACUCUACGGACGUUUUAAACAGGACGAUCGAGGAAAACAACGAACUGCUGGUGGAUGUGCUUACUCCGGUCCAAAAUGCACAGACUCACGCGGAACAUCUUUACAAUCGAUCCAUAGAUCUCGACAGUCUUUUGACCGACACGAGGAAUACCGACGCCGUGAAGGCUGUUUCCGCCUACAGAAACAUAGAAACAGCGAUAGAAGCAGCCCGUGGAUCUGCAGACAAAGCCAUUGACGCGGCGAACAACGCGACUAAUCUUUCAGGUGGUAUCGAGCAGAAGAUGUUGGACUCUCGAAACACGGUGUUGAGUUUGUUAAACUCAGCUCAGAGUACUCUGUCGAAGACGACGGGCCAACCAGAGAAGGAUUUGAACAACGCUCAGACGAAUGCCACCCUGAUCUACGCGCAGAAUGAGCACAACAGCAAGCUGUUGGAUUACAUCGAGAAGAUCCUGGCGAACAUUCAAUCCCCUUCUUCGACGGUGGCUCAGGACGCUAUGAAUCAGGUCAUACAAGUGGAGAAGAACAUCAAGCUUUCAGUAAACAACAUGAACGGUAUCGUCGAUAAAAUCCCGGAAGAUCUGAGAGAGACGAAACAACUGUCGAAGAACGUUUCGGAACUGGCUCGUGACAUAUCCCAGGCGAGGAAACAGCUUGACAGUGUCGACAAGUACUUCCCAAACAUCAUGAGAUUGUUACACGACCUGAACGUAAAUCAGAAGUCGAUAGACACCAGCGGCAACGAUUUGAAGAGCAAAAUCGAGGCACUGAAGAACAAGAUCGCGAACGCCAGGGAACUUGCUGAUCGUCGGAAGGUCGGCUUGACCUUCUACAGGAACACUACUCUCGAGCUGAAGAAUCCUGAAAAUCUUCCGUUACUGGCCACAUCUACUAAGAUAUCUUUAUAUUUCAGAACGAACACAACGAACGGUUUUCUGCUUUAUCUGGGGAACGAAGAGAACGCUAAGUUGCCGCGCUCGAAGACACACGAUUUCAUGGCAUUGCUGAUCGAGAGCGGUUACCCGGUGCUCAUCCUCGAUUUCGGAUCCGGGCCGGAAAAGAUCAUCAACAAUAAAUUCGUGUCGGACAACGUCUGGCGUCAGAUAAUCAUAGAGAGGACCGGCAACAACGUGAAACUAAUCGUCCGCGAAGAUAUCGGGGAAGGGAAGGAUCGGUUUUACGAGAAGGGGCACGUGUUACCCGGAUCGCACACGAUAUUCGACUUGGAUCAGGAACAAUCGAAGUUGUUCGUGGGCGGUUAUCCAUCGUCCUUUAACAUGCAGAACGCCGUGACUGCGUCCUCGUUCGAAGGUGAAAUGGAAGAGCUCGUAAUAGGGGAAGAUACUCCAGUCUCCUUCUGGAACUUCAUCGACGGUGAAAACAACGAGAAGAUCGCGAUGGAGAGGGACAAAUUGAUCAACUUCCAACCUAGCACCGGUUACAGAUUCGACAAACACGGGUACGCCAUUUUGAGUAAGCGAGACUUCCAAAUUUCGCCAGACAGCAAGAAGUUCAGUAUUAAAUUGAACUUGAAGACGUUCGCGGAGAACGGGCUGAUCUACUUGAUGGGCAAAGGCAAACAGUUCCUGUCGCUGGAAAUGAGAGAAGGCUAUGUAAUCUAUCAGUACGAUCUUGGCGAAGGGGCAACCACCUUGAGGUCCUCGAGCAGAUACAACGAUGGAAAUUGGCAUAGCCUGGAAGCUCUUAGAUACGAGAAAACGGGCGUUCUAAAAGUCGAUGGUAUGGACGUGGCGAAGAAAAAAGCAGACGGAAACAACAAGAACUUGGUGUCCUCGAAUAACAUAUACUUCGGAGGAUAUCCACCGAAUGCUAAACAUCCAUACGAGCCGGUGACUAACGAAGGCUUCGAAGGUUGCAUCGACGAGGUGGUUAUUUUAGACACCAUAGUCGACUUGACCCGCAACAUUCAGGCAUUUGGUGUGGUUCCUGCUUGCCCAGUGCGGUUUGCAAGUUUGGUAUCUUUCGAGGAGAACGUACCCGGCUACGUGAGAUGGCACAACAUCUCGGUGCCGAGCAGUCUUCAAGUGAACCUGAAGUUCAAGACUUUGGCAAACGACGGUUUGAUCUUCUACGUGACCGAUCAUGAGAAAGGUGUGGUCAGCUACUUGUCGUUGAUCGACGGUGUUCUCGUUUUCAACAGCCAGGGUAAUGAACUACGAACAACUUCCACGGGCAUCAAGUUCAAUGACAACGAGUGGCACGUAGUCACAGCUACGCACUCGCGCGAUUCUUUGAAGCUCGAUAUCGAUGAUAUUAAGAAUUACAGCUUCGACUUGGAAACACCGCCAUUGGAGAUACCUUAUGGCAGUUUGUACAUCGGUGGUUUACCAAUUGCCUUCGGUAUCCCUCAGACCGGUGCCAUGACACCAUUUGUCGGUUGUAUCGGAGAUGCAACAUUGAACGGAGUUAUCGUCAAUUUCGCCAACACAACAGAAAGGCCUCACGCUCUCCUUGGAAAGUGCAAGCUGGGAGAUCCAUCGUACAUCAUCGACGUCGAUAUAGAGAAGGACACGGAUGAUGAGGAACCUAUGGUAGAAGGACGCGGCAGUGAUUUAACUACAACCACGCAGGCUACUGUUUCGACUCAAAGAACCACACCGUUGUACGUCGAUGAAUGUCGAUUGCCAUAUUAUCCGGGCGUCGAUCUAAAUACGGAAAAUGCCUGGCGUUUCGGUACUGCGAGAAACAGUAGAUUGGAAUACAGAUCAUUGAAUGGCAGGUACAAGAAUGACUACGAUUUUCAAAUCGGUAUCAAAACAAUGGCUGACGAGGGAAUUAUUUUCUACACGUCGGACCUUACUAAUCAGAAUUCAAUCGCUGUAUAUAUCAGUGACGGAAAGGUCAAUUACAAGUUUGACUGCGGAAGUGGACCAGCUUUGUUAAUUAGCGAUAAAAAAAUAAACGACGACGAAUGGCACAUCGUAGUAUUUAAAAGGCAAGGGAAUUACGGAGAACUCAUCGUAGACGAAGAUGAAGCAGUUACAGGGUACUCUCAAGGAAUCGUAGAAACUAUGAACGUUAAUCCGCCGUUUUAUGUAGGAGGAGUGCUGCAAGAGAUGUCCACCAAAGUCUUUAAUACAAUAGGUAUGAAUCACACCUUCAACGGAUGCUUAGGAAAUUUUAUGGUAAAUGGACAACCAGUUGGUGAGCCUAUAAAUAAAGUCGGUGUGAUUCCAUGUUCGGAACGAAUCGAACAGGGAUUAUUUUUCUAUCCGGGUAAUGGCAGCAAUCUGUUUAGAGCAGUUGGUAGAACGGUCGAUAUCCAAAUGGACAUUAAACCACGUUCGACGUCUGGCCAUUUGCUGUCUGUCCAUGGAAAACGGGAUUAUUUGGUCUUAGAAAUGAUUAAUGGAACGGUCAAGUUCCUUGUUAAAACAGCAAAGGGUUCGAUAGAAACUUCGUUCGAACCAACGAAACCGAAUUCCUUGUGCGAUGGCAAUUGGCACAAUAUUCGAGCUGUUAAGCAGAAGAAUGCCGUGCUUUUGUCAGUCGACUACAAAGCAGCCGAGCCAGGAAUCGGUGGUAAAAAUGUAGCGGGAGUUCUAUCCAAGCAUCCGAUCUUCAUUGGCGGUCAUCCGAUGCUUGGAAAGAGAUUACGAGGAAGUACUUCGCAAUCACAAUACGUCGGAUGUAUUAAAAACAUUCAUAUCAACAUGAGAGCUAUCCACAUGAGUCCCGAACGUGCUUACGGACAAGUCCUCGCAGGCGUAUGCCCAACAAUAUAGGAAUCUCUAAGAGCGUUAUUUAAAAUUUCACUUAAAAUCGAUUGACGUAACGUUGCAACUACUUUUCUCAACGAUCAAUCCAUUUUCGAAUGUUUUUUAACUAAAAAGAAGAGUGUUUUAUAUAUAUAACGUUACGUGAGUCCGGUUCAUUUCUUUAUGAAAAAUUUUUAUUUUAGUAUUCUAAAUAUUUAAGGUAACUGUUCGAAAAUAAGGAGGAAUAAAUAAGUCAUCGGACACCAAGUGGUAUAUCUCAGGCUCUAACCAUCAAUGUAUUCAAAUUUCGAAAAAAAUUAUUCAACAAUCUUAAUAUGGCUUUAAUACAAAUUUUUAAGAAUCAUGUAAAAAAAAAAAAAAAAUUUCAGCAAGUGUACAACCCUCGUCCGAGCGCACAAAAGACUGAACGUCGCUUUUUUUCUACUUCUUAUGGUGGAAGACUCUACUACCCACCCUUUAAUGGUUAUUUAAACACUCGAUUCAUUCACAUUAGGCGAAUUACAAGUUUUUUAAAGAGAGACGAAAUGGUAACGAUAAUUAUAUAGAACCUAUUGUAAUACACAACCAAAGAAUACUAUUGUAUACUAUGAUAAAAGUCAUAAGUUCUAUAUUAUUGAUAAAACUUUGUAACUUUUUUGUAAACAUAAAAACUUUUAGAAAAUUUAAGGUGCUAAAUAAAUAAAGUAAUAUAAAUAAAAAAAAAAUAUUGGCAGAAUAAAUUUUUUAAAUUUUAAGUUAUUCAAAUAUAACAGAGGAUACAAUAUUCUCUUCAAUUAGCUAUUUAA